UAUCAAUAAUGUCAAGAUAAAACCCAUCCCUCGGAACAUCUAGUAAAUCCUUACUUUUCACUCUCAUCUUGGCGUUAUUAUGAGUAGUCCGUCGUAAUGUAAUUUCUCAGUUCCUAGUUUUUGAGUUCUGCGCAACUUAACGGUUGAAGCGGACGGAGAAAUGUAAGCGGGGAUGCAGCAAGCGGUUGGGAUUUAUGUGCGUUGAAAGUGUCCCGUUUUGAACUCGUCAACGGCUCAUUGAACGCUCCCGGCAAUGUCACUCCUGUGCGUUCGAGUAAAGAAAGCCAAGCUUGAAGGACCUCCAGAUAAGUUCAACGUCUACGUGACAUUAAAAGUGCAGAAUGUCAAGAGCACGACCGUCACAGUCCGUGGAGACCAGCCAUGUUGGGAGCAGGACUUCAUGUUGCAGGUAAAUCAAAAUGAGAUCAAUCGGCUGGAGUCCGGGCUGGUCGUGGAGGUAUGGAACAAGGGUAUGAUUUGGGACACAAUGGUGGGAACUGCCUGGAUUCCACUAGAUACCAUCCACAAAUCAGAUGAGGAGGGUCCUGGUGAAUGGACUUGUCUCGACUCCGAGGUCCUUAUGAAAGCAGACGAGAUCUAUGGCACCAAGAACCCUACGUCCCACCAAGUACUUCUGGACACCCGUUUUGAGGUCCCUUUUGACAUUCCUGACGACGAGGCCCACUAUUGGACCAAGAAGCUGGAUCGCAUCAAUACUAUGAGGAUACAUGAUGAGUAUCCAGUGCAAGAUGAAGCCCAACGCAGACCGCUCCCAUCAGCCCCUUCACAGUGCUGCGACUGGAGUUACUUUGGAUGGAGUGAGCAACAGACAUUGGAUGACCACGACAGUGCAGUGGAUGACCGCGACAGCGACUACCGCAGCGAAACCAACUCCCGCCCCCCACGGUACCACACCACGGCUCAGCCCAACUCAUCAGUGCAUCAAUACCCUACGGGACGCAGGCUCUAUCAGGCUGGAACAGAUUCCACUCAGAACUAUGAGUCCGACUACAGGGAAUCAAGAGGGCCCAGACGCUCUAGGAGCAGAGGAGCUGUCCAGAUAGUUCCAGUUGAUUCUGGUAUGGGAGUGGAGGACUGGGAGAGUCAAUACAAAAUUCCAGAUGUCUUAGAUGACUAUCUAGAGCCGGAACAGAAAACAUGGCCUGACGAUGACACCCAAAGUGAAAUUUACCGUAUUGUCAGCAGUCCGAGUGAUUCCAAAGGCAGUCGGUUCUAUCAGACGGUGGAGUGUGACGCAGUCUCUCCAGAGGAGUAUGAUGAAACAGGCCAACCUGUUGAGGGAAGCCAUGGUCUGGGCAGUGGGGAGGUGCGCCUGAUUUACAAAGAAGCAAGUUGUUUUGAAGAUGAAAAUUCCCCACCUGAAAUAUCAAUCAUCCCCUCAGUCAGGCAAAUAAGGCAGCGGGCUGAGCAGGCCGCUUCAAGGGAGGGGCUGUUACACAGGACCAGAAUGUGGGCCCAAACCCCGCUGGAGGAAACGUUAGAACACUAUGCAGCUUACAGAGAGGAGGAAGAAGCAGCCAGAUUAAGAGCGAGGAGUGAAUAUGGCUCUGCUGAAUCAGAUGAGAUGCAGUUCUCUCUUGGAUCUGAGGAGGAGUUGGAUGACAUGGCUUUUGCUGAGGAGGAUGUUCAAUAUGAAUAUGACAGUUAUUACAGUCAUGACAGAUAUGUCUACUCUUACGAGAGCAGCACAGACUGGGAACAUUAUGUGAGAAAGAACAGCAAGGGGGAGAUUGCAGUACGGGUUUCAGAUGCCAUGUUGUCUCCUGUGGAGGAACCAAGUGAUGAGUAUGUGGAUACUAUGGAUGAGAUGCAAAAGCUGGUCGACACCGUGUCAGAGUACCUAGCUGAAAAAGAAGAGGAGAUCAGCAAGUUUGAUCAAAUGCCUACCAAAAAUUCGACACCUCAGGAUGGGUUGAAAACUGAAACUGUUGCACAAGAUAAAGAAACAGGUAAAGAAACCCUGGUAGAUAGCACAACAGUGGAACAGGGAAUAACAGGUGUGAAAAAUGCAGUGAGCUCAAUCUUUAGCUCAAUCACAGGCACAAAAUCACCAACUGAUACAGCCGCAUCAUCAGAGACAGCAGAACCGGCUCCUCCCCAAGCAGAAUCUGGGAUGUCUAAACUCUUCUCCUUCAUUCCCAAAACCUCCUCCAGUCCAACCCCUGUUGCCAUUGUGCCACCUGCCCAUCAGGGAGCCACAGCUGAUAGGAAGUUCUCCCUACAGUCUCUUCUUCCAUUUGGGUCUCCCGAGCCCAGUCCACAAGCGGGAGCAGCUUCCUCGGGGGCAUCUGACAGUGCUGGCGGUGCAGGAAAUCAAGCACAGGAAGCAAGCCAGCCAACCUCUGUGCUUGGAAGACUUAACCCUUUAAGGCUUUUUUCAGACAAAGCAGCUGGAGAUGCUGCAGUACAGCCAGCUGGAGAUGCUGGCAGCAGUGGGUCAGUAGGGUCGAAAGAGGGAUCCGUUGAUAGAUCACAGAAUUUAUCUGUUGAAGGUAUUCAUGCAGAUUCUUGUGAUAGGCCACAGAGUGUCGCAAGUGCAAGUGGUUCCCAAGAGCUUCUUCCUGAGACGGAGUCCUCGGGAGAAAUACCUGAUAUUCAACCAAGAAGAGCAUCUCCAAAACCUGAAGUUAAGCCAGACGCUACUGAGGAAACUGGGUUUUUCAGUCCUUUCAAAAAGUCAUUUACCUCGAUUAUCUCUGGGGCUAAUGACAAACCAGCUCAAAGUGAAAGUCCAUCUUUGUUUUCGAUGUUUAAACCCACAGAUAAUACUGCUGCACCAAAGACAGAAGACAUAGCUUCUUCAAUCGCAGGAAAAAUAAAGGUACCUUUUCUUACCUCAGAUGCAUCUGCCCCGCAGGCACCCAAACCAGAGGGGGGAAUGCUCUCUGGACUUCUGAAAUUUGCUACUGGUGAAGAUACAAAUGUCCCUAAAACAGAAAGUCCUCAAAGUGGCCCAAAAUCACCCCCACAAAGCCGUGCAGCUCUCCUAGAAAGUGCACCAAAGGGAAACAACAACACUGGAUGGUUUUCCAACCUGUUUAAAGCAACACCUGAACCUCAGGCAGUGUCACCACCCCCCAAACCUUCAACAGAAGCCACCCAGGAAAAAACAGCUGAGGAGGAGCAGAAAGCUGUUGGAGAUUCUAACACAGACAGCACCCCAAAACAACAAUCUAAGCUGGCUACUCAAGCCGACUCUGAUCAAAUAAAGCUAAGUUCAGAGGUCCAGGCUGAGAGUGCUACUCCAGGCGACAUUACGGCCCAGUCUGAGGCUAAGCCACCAUCCGAUGCGCAAGCUCAACCUCAGCCACAAGGUUUUCUUUCUGGGCUGCUCAAACGUACCUCCUCUGAGGAGGUACCUAGUGGAAAUAAACCUCAGGCUAGUGCUCCACAGGGUGGCUUGCUCUCUGGGUUUUUAUCAUCUGCUUCACAAAUAGUCACUCCACCUCAAAGUCAGCCGCAGCAAAGUGCUGGCCCACCUCAGACAGGAGGGUUGUUGUCAGGGCUUUUCAAAAUGGCCACUCCUGAAAACGCGGCUGGACCUACGGCAGGUACAAAGCCUCCAGGAGACCAAGGCACUGAAACACAGAAAGAUCCCUCACAACAAGCCACUCCCCCUCAAACAGGUGGACUUUUUUCUGGACUCUUAAAAAUGGCUUCUGAUACCGUUUCAGGCCCCCAAUCCCCUCCUACAGCAACCGACUCUGCAAGUGGUCAGUCUGCUCAAAACACCACUACAAGUCAAGCUGCACCACAAGAUGGCAGCGCAGCCCAGAGUCAAACAGGCGGCAUCUUAUCAGGGCUACUUAAAUUCGCUUCCUCUGAGCUGCCAACACAAGAACAGCCAGCCUCUGCUCAGACUCAACAACCAGGUAAUCAACAAGAAGAUCAACAGCAGCAGCAGCAUCAGGAGAGCCAAAAUCAGAAGCCACCUCAGCAAACUGGACCUCCUCCUAGUCAGUCCGGAGGACUUUUUGGUGGGUUGCUUAAACUCACAGAAAACAUACAACAACCUCCAGCACAGCCACCAUCAGGUGGAACUAACCAAGCGCAAGCUCAGCAACCUCAGCAACCUCAGCAACCUCCUUCUGGUCCAGCAGGUGGCAUGUUAUCUGGCUUUUUCAAUAAACUAGCAGAAACUGCAACACCGUCACAACAAGCAGCACCUGCUGACCAGCAGUCAACACAAUCUCCCAAGCCACCCCAGCAGCCACCAGCACAGCAGCCACCAGCACAGCAGGGCGGUUUUCUUUCUGGUCUGUUUGGUAGUGCUGGUCCGGCUAGUAAUGCUCCCAGCCAACCCUCAGGACCCCAGCAGCAACCCAGUCAACCUGGUAAUCAACAGGCCAACAGACAGAAUCUACAGAGGCAGAAUCAAGUUCCUGCUCAACAACCACCCCAGAGUGGAGCAGGGGGGAUGCUGUCUGGGCUAUUUAGCAAGCUUACUGACACACCACCAGAACCACCACAGGGCAGUCAACCCUCUCAACAGGUGAACAAACCCAAUCAAAAUCAGAGUGCGCCACAACCACAACCACAACAGGGGGGAUUUUUGUCUGGGUUGUUUUCCACAAAUCAAGCACCAACACCACAGCAAGGUCCUCCUACAAAUAGGCCAAAUCAGCAGCAGCAACAGGGCAACAGACAACCGUUGCAGAGACAAACUCAAAUUCCUCCACAGCCAGCACCUGAGCCUCAGCAGGCGGGAUUGUUUUCUGGGUUCCUGAAUAAGUUGGCAGCAGUAGACACGCCUCCUCAGCAACCACAGCCACCCCCUGGGAAGCAAGGUCCUCCAGGGAGGAACCAGCCAUCAAACCAGCAACCUCACCAACCUAGUCAGUCUGGAGGACUUCUGUCUGGGCUUCUAAAGAUGGGUAAUACAGACAGUACAACUUUGAGCCAGCCUGCCCAGCCACAGCCUGGCAGUCAGCAACCAGGGAAUAAGCAAGCUGUUCAGGGGGAUGACACCAAGCCAACUCAGCAGGCGUCCGCCCAGCAACAGGGCCAGUCAGGCGGUCUGUUCUCUAGCAUUAUGAAGCUUGCCACACCAGAUGUUGCUCAGCAGCAAGCUCAACCCAUCGGUCAAUCAGUACAACCUGCUGGUAAGUCUCCUCAGAGUGCACAGCAGCCUGAAUCUGGUGGGAUUUUGUCUGGUUUCUUGAACAAGCUGACUGCAGCCACCGAAGAAACGCCAUUGGAUAAUCAGAGUCCUGCUAGCCAGAUAUCAAAACAGACGCAACAACAAGAACAACCUGGUCAAGGAGUUAAACCUGGACAAAGUCGGCCACAGAUCCAGAGAACCAAACCAGUGGAUAUUCAGUCAUCGCAAGAUAAUGUAGUGGAAAAAGACUUGAAAGCUGCUGGCCAAAAGGGCUUUUUGUCUGGAUUAUUUGGCACAAAUGAGGAGCCUGUCACAUCUAAACCACAAGAGUCAGCAGCCUCUCAUGAUGUCAAAGAUGAUGUGAAAACAAGCACUAGUAGCAGCACUCCAGGUUUGCUUUCUAGUAUAUUCAAAUUAGGGCCCAAUGAAAGUUCUACUCCAACAACCAGUAAAGAAUCAGAAAGGAGUGUCCUUGACCGUAUUCUUCCCAAACAAAAUGAAACUCUUGAUGCUGUUGUAUCAAGCAGCAUCAAAGUUCCAACCACACCCGGUGGUUCUGAACAAGCUCAAAGUCACCCCCAAUUACCGCAGUCCGCUACACAAAGGUAUUUGGAGGAGAUUCAGCGUCUCCUGUAUGGCACAUCACGGGAGUAUGGCUAUCAGGAUUUGCUCUAUUCAUUUGCAGAAAAUGGCGUGAUUCCCCCAGAGCUGUAUGAAUAUCAGUGCCUCAUAGAGGCCCUCCUCUGGCAACAGCUUAAUGAGUUUGCUUUAGCAGAGGCUCUUGCAGCACAGUCUGAGGAAUCUUAUGUAGAAAAUCAGGUUUAUGAACCACCUAUGAGAGCGGUGUUGAGGGAGGCUCCGGAAAGGUGGCAUCCCAAAGAUGUCGAUUCCAGUCAGUUCCACAUCCCCUCACACCCUUGGAGGGACAUGGCAAGCCAGCCUCUUCAGAAUGGCAGUAACCAAAAAGAUGAGGAGGACGUAAUACUUUUUGACAUGAGCUGUCGAGACAGGAAACGCUGGAGCAGCUGUGCCAAUAUAGAGGAUGUUACUAGGCAAAAUGGAAUUCAGAGUGGAAAGCCUUGGAUUGCAAAAGGCGAAGCCCUUAACCUCUCAACAGAAAAGCCACCAAAACUAAGCAGGUGUCAGUCUCUUACUGACUGCAACGCACAGAGCAAGCCUUCUGCUGAAAAUAAAGUGGUCAGUUCUGAGCUGCUUAAGAAUGAGUUUGAUCUUAAAUCAGCAAUGGAGUUCUUACAGCGACUUCAACGUAAAAAAGGCGCUGUGGACCUGACCAAUGGUGCUGUCGACCUUAGUAGCUCAGCUGGACUGAAGAGAGAAGAAGAUGAUGACACCCAUUGUGAAGAUUCUGAGUGGUAUCAGCAGUGGCUUUCACUCUUAGAACAAGGCAUGUGGUGGCCUGCUGAAGCAGGGGAUUGUGGGUAUUAUGUUUACACAGAUCAGGAGUUCAUAUACUCUCUGCUAACUGACAGGGCUGGAAAACACCUUUAUGCAUGUGCCUCUCCUGAGAAUAAGACUACUGGUAAUAUAUCAAAUAUGCCACAGCAAUUGAAUGAUCCUAAGGUUACACUCUGUGGAUUCAAAAUCCCACUUCAAGAAGAUGUUGCUCUUUGGACUCCAGAUCAAGAUCUGAAGGAUUCACAGCUGCUCAAUGCUCCAGAGGAUUUGACUUCAGCUCUUCAGAAAGGAGACAAAAUAAUGAAUAUGAAUCUAGAGCGUUUCUCUCAGAUGUUUGAGGAGUCCAUCACUGCACAGAAUGAGCAGGCCGUUGAUUUCACUAUGUGUAAACUGAAAAAAAUUCAAAUGGGCACAACACAACCAGGUAUGCCCUUUCAAACAGAGCAAUUGGAAGCAGAUGAUCUCACAGGUAACAUGAGAAGAGGAAGUCACGGAGGUCCAUAUUGGAAGAACCAAGGAAUUAAGGAUCUUUUUCCGGAAGUGUCUGGCCCAGGAUCCACUACCACAGCUGCUUACAAUUCAUCUUUAUCUUAUAGGCAAUAUACCUCUGCAAACAAGCGACCCCCAAUACCCGAAAUCAGGGUAGGAUAUGUGGAUGACAAGACAAUUGACCAGCAGCAGCAAAAACAAAAGGGAACCUCUCUGUUCUCAGCUAUUGGAGAUUUUGUAGGCAAGGCUACACCAUCUGGUACAUCAUCUGAACUCUCUAAGGCAGAGCCUUCUCUGUCUAACCAAAGGGGCACACCUGUGGAUAAACAAUCAAGUAUCUUAGGCUCAGGUUUUCAGAGUCUGAAAUCUAAAAUGUCUAAAGGUGAUGAGGCCCAAGGUAACAUGGCUCAAACCACUGGCUCUAUCAGAGCUCGUGUAUUGCCCACACCUCCCACAUCUACUCCAACUUCACCCUCCCCCUCAUCCUCUCCCAGACCACAACUUGGAAGACAGCCUACUUUGACAUCUCAGUCAACAAAAUCUGCAGCGUCUGCAUCACCACGUGAUGCUCAACAGCUGAAUGGAACUGUGCAUGGAGCUAGUUCUCCCAGGUCCCCCAUACUUUAUCAUCACAUUACUCAAAGUAGCAAGGAUGUGAAGCCCACUGAUUCUCAAUUUUGUGAUAAAGCUUUAGAUUUUUCCUCAUCAUUACAAAAACAGGAUAAAAGCCAAAAUCUCAAGACACCGUCACAACCAGCAGAGGGAUCUGUUAAAAUCGUUUCCAUAGUACAUGCUAUGGACUUCAGUAAAUACAAAACAAAGCAAGCUAAAAAUGUGAACCAAGAAACACACACAUCAAGUGCUAAAGAGAAAAAUGUGAUGGAUCUGACUGUUGUAGUAGAAAACAAAGAUGUAGAAUUGGAUUCUUUGGUUUUACAAACCCUUCCAUCUCCAAGACUACCUAACUGCACUCUAAAUACAAUGGCAAAUCAGCGGUCAGGAAGUCCUGAUAACUAUCCACUUUUCGGAAGUCGAUCUUCAAGCCCUGAUUGUCCAUUUGAUAAAUCACCAAUGUUAAGUCAAAAUAAAUCACAUAAGUCAAGAGAAGCUGAUAUCGAGACUCCUGUGGUUGAUUCGGUACCUUCAUCAAAGGAUAAGCCAAAACAGUCACAGGGUGGAUUCACCACUUCUAACCAGUUGUUUGGAACACGAUCCUCAAGUCCCAACCGUCCAAUAGAUAUGUCUCCUAAAUUCAAUCACAAGGGAUCAGAUCAGUUAAGUGAGGCUCCACCACAGAACUCUGGUUCAACACCUUUAUCAAACAGCAAAUAUUCACAAGUUGUGGAUCAUUUGAGGACUCAGCCCUGUGUAGCUUUACAAGGCCAGAUCAUGACAUCUACAGAACAAUCACAAAAAUCUCCAUCCAGAAGUCAAAUACCUAGAAUCAUUACUCCAGAUUUACAGAGGCAAAGUCAAACUGAAAAUAAGCGUGCUGUUCUCAAACGGGAACCAUCUAUGCUAAAUGAAUCUAUGGUAUCAGUUCAAACAGCACCUCGUCCAUACAAGAUUACAACACCAGCCAACACAAUCAAAAGGACAAUUGACAUGUCAUCAAAGCCAAUGACAAAGCCAGAGAAACCAUCUGAAACAUCAUGUGAGGCUUCUGACACUGAAGUAGUCUCUCUUGUUAGGAACAAAGUUACUUCAUUUGCUGACGUUUACAAAGACUCUAUUGGUGUACCUCUUGUUGUUGAUUCAGCAAUACCACAAGAAAGGCCUUGUGAAAGAAGGAGGCAGUCCCAACCCGUCAUCAGAUUUCAGCAAAGCUUAGAUCUUAGUUCAUCUCAGCCACACCCUGUGUCAUACCCAGAAAGCCCUGUGUUUACCAGGUCCAGAACACUUUCUCUGGAUUCCCGUCUAGCCACUCUGUCUAUCAGAAAAAGCUCUUGCUCUCCAGAAACUACUGCUCUGUCCGAUCGAGUACCAACAGCUCCUGCCAACACAAUCAAAAGCACAAUUGACAUGUCAUCAAAGCCAAUGACAAAGCCAGGGAAACCAUCUGAAACAUCAUGUGAGGCUUCUGACACUGAAGUAGUCUCUCUUGUUAGGAAUAAAGUUACUUUAUUUGCUGACGUUUACAAAGACUCUAUUGGUGUACCUCUUGUUGUUGAUUCAGCAAUACAACAAGAAAGGCCUUGUGAAAGAAGGAGGCAGUCACAACCCAUCAUCAAAUCUCAGCAAAGCUUAGAUCUUAGUGCAUUUCAGCCACACCCUGUGUCAUACCCAGAAAGCCCUGUGUUUACCAGAUCCAGAGGACUUUCUCUGGAUUCUCGUCUAGCCACUCGGUCUAUCAGAAGAAGCUCUUGCUCUCCAGAAACUACUGCUCUGUCCCAUCGAGUACCAACAGCUCCUGCCAACACAAUCAAAAGCACAAUUGACAUGUCAUCAAAGCCAAUGACAAAGCCAGGGAAACCAUCUGAAACAUCAUGUGAGGCUUCUGACACUGAAGUAGUCUCUCUUGUUAGGAAUAAAGUUACUUUAUUUGCUGACGUUUACAAAGACUCUAUCGGUGUACCUCUUGUUGUUGAUUCAGCAAUACAACAAGAAAGGCCUUGUGAAAGAAGGAGGCCGUCACAACCCGUCAUCAAAUCUCAGCAAAGCUUAGAUCUUAGUUCAUCUCAGCCACAACAUGUGUCAUACCCAGAAAGCCCUGUGUUUACCAGUUCCAGAAGACUUUCUCUGGAUUCUCGUCUAGCCACUCGGUCUAUCAGAAGAAGCCCUUGCUCUUUAGACGCUACUGCUCUGUCCCAUCAAAUACCAACGGCUCCUGCCAAUUCUAUCAGAAGUACACUUGAUAUGUCACCAAAACCAACUGAGCCAUCAGAUAAACUAUGUGAAGAAACCGCUAAACCCUGUCUAAAUGAAGCAGUGUCAUUGGUUAAAAGUUGUCCAACUGGCAGGCUGAAAACUAGGGAUGAUUCAUUUGGUGUUCCCCUAAUUGUGGAACCCUUGACCCCUCAAGAGAAAACCCAUGAAUGUGGCACACUCUCUAAAAACCUUAAGCCAAGUCAGCGAAAUUCUGAAGGACCACUGCAGGUGAGCCAAGCGAAAGCAUCUUCAGUGACAGCACCUCUAGCAGACCAGGUAGCUGGAGCCCAGCAGUCUUCCAUUAUUCAACAUGGCCACAUGCAAACCUCCCAGAAAACAUCUGCACCCGCCAAUUCUGUUAAACAUGUACUUGAUAUGUCACCAAAGUCAAAAGCAAAGCCAGCUGAGGUGAAAGAGGUGUCAUCAAGUGGGGCAGUGGCUCUAGUGAAGACCAUGUCUGAAAGUCUGGACAUCAGAGAAGAUAUUGUUGGAGUCUCUUUGAUUAAGGAACCCUCUCCACAACAGCAGCAGCCUCCACAACUGCCUCCCCAAAGUGUUUCACAGACAACUGAGGUUAAGAAGGAGCCCGUAUGUUCAGGAGCACAAACAAAAGCACAACCUGUGUCUGCAAAGGCAAUGCAACCCAUAGUCCAGCAUUACAAAGCAGCCUCUGCUCCUGCAAAUUCUGUCCAACACACUAUUGAUAUGUCACCAAAAUUAGCCUGUAAACCUGCUAAGGAAGUUGGUGGAAUAGAAUGCAAUGGGGCAGUGGCAUUAGUAAAGACUAAACCUGACAUUAAAAAGUACAGGCAAGAUUCUGUUGGUGUACCAUUAGUUGUUGAACCACCCUCAGCCAAGGAACAAGUUCCAGAAAAACAGCUGGUGACAUUGCCCAAAGAAAAUAUUCAGUCAGAGCAAACACCAAAUCUGAUUGGACGUCACACAACUGAAUCAGUACUACGACAGGAAAUUCCUACAUAUCAUUGCAAUGGAGUCUUCCCUGCUCCAAGACAGCAACUUACAAACAUUCAACCAAAUAACAAACCUAUGGACUGUUCUGUAAAAAUUACAAUGGACACACUUCCAAAAUAUUCUCCUGUGCUUCGGCCUGGGCAAGUCAUGGAUUUCUCUACACGUAAGGAAAAUAAAUCCGAUUUUGAGAGUAGACGGCCAUAUAGUCAACAGCCACAUCAGCAGAAAUUACACACCAGGGUUGUGGACUUGACAGUUGAGAUAGAGCACGACAAAUACAUGGACACAAAUGAGCAGGGAGUCAAAGACCUCUCAUCUUAUAAGACUCAGUCUUCAUUCCGUAGAUCCUCCCUCAGUUCAGUCCCUCAAAGAAGGCAGAGUCAAAGUCAAAAUGUGCCUCAGAAUCCUGAGGUCCAGCAAAACAGUGUAAGCCUUACUGAUGUUCAUACAGGGCAAAGAGUACCUGCUGUGCAGGUUAACUUAACGGAACAAUCCAGUCAAAGAUCGGCAGCACAGCCUCCAUAUACUGUGCAAAGGAAUGUACCUGAAAUGCCUCGCACUGAAGUUGCUGGUACUGCCACAGAGACAUUUAAACAUGAAGGUCUGGUUGGGGAUUCAAGGAUGAAACCCACUGCGCAACAACAACCAACCUCUUCUGCACCUAUCAUGUAUCAACAAGUAAAUCAAGGAGUUCAUAUGCAUGCUCAAACAGACAUGCAACAGACAGUGAUCCCUGGGUUAAGACAGCCUACCUAUGUUGCAGAAACCAAACCCCAAGUUGUAUCUUCAAGGCCAAAAGGUCUUGUUAAACAAGUAUCAAUAAUAGGUUUAGAUGAAGAAAGUUCACCUUCAGUCGAAGCUAAGACCACCACAUUGAUUUAUCCACCAUCAAAUGUGCAACAACUGUCUCCAAGCAUUGAGAGUGGUGCAUCUCCUGUAGCCAAAAGAAUCACAGGAGAAUCCUAUGCUGUAUCACCAGUUCCUACUAAUGUAUCCCAGACCUAUCAGAAAACUAUUCCACCUGCAAACGUUAUCAGUGAGGUAGUUAGAUCAUCUACACCAGUCAUGAAACCGUAUGAAAUGGAGCCCCCUCCUGUAUCUCCAACACGCAGUAAGCAGAUUGUCCUUACUCGACAGACAUCUCUUUCAAGUGAAUCUGUCCCAGCAAGCCUCAUUAAAAAUACUCUUGAUAUGUCAGCAAAGCCAGAGGAGAAACCUUCUGAAGUAAGAAAUCAGACUGAGGCACUGCCACUUGUGAGGAAAAAGUCAACAUCUAUAGAUAUAUGUGAGGAAGUGGCAGGUGUCCCCUUAAUUGUUGAAGCACCAGUACCAGUAGUAUCACAUCCAGCUUCUGCUCUUCAGCAAUCAUCUCCAGGGGCAGGGCAUGUUGUUAUUGAAAUUGGCACUCUGGAUAGCCCUCCUAGUGUCUCUGGAUCUGGAUUUUCCUCAAGGAGUGUGUCUCCUGUUUUCUCAGCAAUAACAGAACAGCCUCCUCCUUCAUCUCCAACAGGUAGUAAGCCAAUUAUCCUUACCCGGCAAACUUCUCUGGCUAAUGAAUCAGCACCUGCAAAUCUCAUUACAGGUACUCUUGAUAUGUCAUCAAAGCCAAAAGAGAGAGAACCUGAAGUAAGAAAACAGACUGGAGCUCUGCCUCUCAUGAAGAAGAAGUCAACAUCUAUAGAUACAAAUGAAGAAGUUGCUGGUAUUCCCUUAAUUGUUGAGACUCCAGCACAGGCAGUGACAUCACAAGAUAGUGUAAAAAAUCUUGCUUCGAGAUUCACUGGAUCUAGUUCCCAGAUUACCACAGCUAGCCCAUCGUCGUUCCCAGAGCCGCAAAGUAAGCCAUUAAUGAUGAAAGUGCAUGCAACACAGGCUAACCAAAAUCAGGAUCCGGCAGUCUCUAAAACUUCUACAGGAUCUGUCCAAGGGCUUAUCUCCAUGUUUAGUGGUACAGAUUCCCAGACUACUGAAGCCACUAAAGAGGCUUCACCAGGAACUUUCGCCAGGAGAACACCUCCAAAGUUGUCAGAUGAAACUGUUAGCAGCUCUGAUGAAACAAGAGUUCAAGACUCUGUAUCAGUUGAGGAGAUAAGGCCCCAUACAACUGCCAUAGUGGCAUCUACAUCUGCUCCAGGUCCAUCAAAUGAGGUGUCAGUCAAAGAAAUAAGAACUGCUCAAACUCCAUCAAGUCCAACUCCUUUGGAUUUACAAGGGGCAUAUCCAAGCCAAACCCCAAUCACAUCACCAACCACAGAUGUGCCACCCAGGAUAUUGCCUCCCGUGUUGAAUACAUCCACUUCUUUGCCUACUGCAUCAGAACCUCCACCAUUAUCUCCAUGUAUUGACACAUCCGGAAAAGGAGCAUUUUCUAUGUUUAGUGAAUCUGCCACACUGAUUACUGAAAUCUCAACAAGUUGCAAAUCAGAUGCUGAUGUCCUUCAACCAGCCACACCUCAGAGUACAACUGAAAUAUCCACUCAGUCUACUGAGGCCCUGAGUAAUAUCAGUGCAAUUCAGCCCGCACCUCCAGUACAGUCAGUGCCUGACACAAAACCUUUGGAUAAAAAUGGCAAAGUGUCUUCUGAUGUUACGCCACCAACUGAUCUGCCUAUAGAUUAUGUGCUAAGGCCUGAACUCAGACAAAUGGUCAUACCCCAAAUUAUCCUUUCAGCAGCAAGUACACCGGAAGAUGAGGUGGGUGUAUUGUCAGACAGUGAAUCCUGCACUGAAAACGAGGUUAUCGCUGAAGAAAAUCUAGAUAAAUAUCAGGCAGUGGAUUCGGUUAGCGAGCCAGUCGAUAGAGACAAAAUAGCAGUUUCCUGUGACAUGCAGUCAACUCCAAGCCAGGUAAUUACAGAUAAACUUACGGAGGAGGUAACAGAGCCACCUAUGAUUUCUUCUGAUAAAGAAGACACAAUAUCAAACAAAUGUGAGGAGUUGCCUCCUCAGUCAGAGAGUACAGAGCCUGAACUUCAGUCAGUCCCAGCUGAAGAGGUUCCAACAACCAUAGAGAAGCUUGUCUCCUCAGAGUUAUCAGAUGUUCUCAAAACUCAGACUGACACUCCCGUUUGUAGUGAGGAGUUGCCUCCUCAGUCAGAGAGUACAGAGCCUGAACUUCAGUCAGUCCCAGCUGAAGAGGUUCCAACAACCGUAAAGAAGCUUGUCUCCUCAGAGUUAUCAGAUGUUCUCAAAACUCAGAUUGACACUCCCGUUUGUAGUGACAUGAGUCCCCAGUCUGCUUCACUCAAAGAUGAAAGCUCUGUCUCUGAGACACCUUCAGUACCAGAUGAAAGUCCACAAGAAACAAAGGAGAGUCCUCCACCAAUGGAAGAUUUGACACUCUCUAGAGAAUCUAUUCAGCCCUUUACACAGAAAGAAGAACUUUUAGACUCUGAGGUUGUGCAGUCUAGUCCAGCUGCACCAUCAGAGGCUGCUGACGCAGAGAAAGCAAUCCCAUGUCCACCGAGCACCCCAGAGGUGUCACCGAAAGAGGACAGUACUGUCUCUGAGGGCCUGAGCUCCACUUCAGAUCCACAAAUAAUAUCCCCUGGAUUAAAAGAUUUUCCAGCAACAGUGGAAGAAGAGUCUCAGCCUAGUGAUUCUGUACCUGAGCCAGAUACACCUAAGCAGGAAAUUCCAGACUCAGGGGUUACACAGUCUGAACAGACCUCCCAACCUGAAACAUCUGUUCAAGAAAAAGAGGAAAAACCCAUGCCCUCUCCACCCAGAGAGGAUGAUUCCACAACACAGGCUGGUCCAGAAGGAAGUUCUGUACCUGAGGAACCAGUUGCUAAAGGUAUGUUCUCAAUGUUUGGAGGAGGGGCCUCCGGUUCACCCCAGAGUGGGUCAUCUAUACUUGGUGGCAUCAUUCCUGGUUCAUCUGCUAAAGAAUCCCCAGGAACAGGCUUAUUCUCCAUGUUUGGUGGGCCUAGUCCUCAGCAAACUCAAAGUGAGUCUCAAAGUAAACCCAGUGAACCCCCAAGCAAAGGAUUAUUUUCAAUGUUCGGUGGACCCUCAUCUCAGCCACCACCUGGCCCAAGAGGUCCUCCCCCAGGAAGUGUUCAACCCAGAGGACCUGGCCCAAGAGGUCCUCCCCCUGGUGGUGCAACACCUAGAGGACCAGGUCCAAGAGGCCCUGCUCCUGGAGGUGCACCAUUUAGAGGGCCAGGUCCAAGAGGCCCUGCUCCUGGAGGUGCACCAUUUAGAGGGCCAGGUCCAAGAGGUCCCACCGCUGGAGGUGCUCCACCCAGAGGACCCCCACCUCAAGAACAAGGAAAAGGGUUAUUUUCAAUGUUUGGUGGUCCUAGUCCACAGCCACCUGCAGGUCCAAGAGGGCCCACUGCACCUGUGUCUGGAUCUGGUUUGUUCUCCAUGUUUGGAGGGUCCAGUCCUCAGCCCUCAACUCCAGCACCUAGUGAACCACAAGGCAAAGGAUUUCUAUCAAUGUUUGGUGGAGCUGCUCCUCAGGCACAGCAAAGUGGAUCAGAAGAGGCAUCUAAGCCUCAGGAGCCAGAGAGUCUCUUUAAAGUUCCGUCAGUGUUCUCACUUGGAGGAGGUCCCGAGCAAAACAAAUCAAAGUCUGGUGGAUUUGGUCUUCUUAACAUGUCAUUUAUGGAGGAAAAGAAACCAGAUGUGCCAAUGGAUGACAGAAAAGAUGAAACUGAACCUAGCCAGGUGGUAGAUGUUAAAGAUGACAGCCAGUCAACUAUUAAUAAUGACACAGGGGCAGAGACCGUGCCAGUGGAAGAUCAGCCUAGCUUGGACCAAAAGCUUAUUGCUGAAACUGAGCAAUCGUCUAGUGAUGUCCCAAGCAAUGAAAAAGUGGAAAUUACUCCACCUGAUAUUCAAGACAUACAAGUGGAAAAGACAGAGCCAGAGUCUGUGACACCUCAUUCGCAAGGUGAGCUACCAGAUCAAGAGCAACCUUUGUCAGGUUUGCAGGAAGGUGCUGAAAAACCAUCAGUGGAAAUGCAGGUUUCAUCAACCGAAGAUGUAACCACUGAAGAUCAAGCAACUAAAGAUCUAAAGUUAGAAUCUGAGGCAUCCAUGGAAACUGGACAGCCUUCCCAAUUGGAACAGCCAACUGAACUUGACAAAUCUGAGGAAUCUAAGGAAGAUUUAGACAGACAGAUAGAAACAGAAAGAAUAUCAGAAUCUGACAAACAUGAAACAACAGAAUCAGAAGCAGAGGUAAAAGAAACACACAAAUCAUUGGAGUCAGAAGAACCCCUAGAGUCAGAAAAACACUCUGAAACAGAAAAUUCUUUGGAGUGUGAUAAACCUCAUGAAUCAGAGGAAAUAUUAAGAUCAGAAAAACUACUGGACUCUGACAAAUCUGUUGAAGGUGAAAAACCUGAGGAAGCUGAAUCACAUAUAGAACCGGAGAUAUCAAGUGAAUCAGAGAAGCCUUCAGAAACAACAAAACCAGAAUCAUCAGUGGAGGAAUCUGUGGAGUCUGAAAAACCUGUGGAAGCUGAAAGCAAAAUGGAAAUCGAAAAAGAGGCUAAAAGUGAUGAAAAUGCUUUGGCUGAAAAGCCAGUUACUAUAGAGGGAUCUAUCAUUACGGAACAACCAGUAGCGACAGAAAAAACAAUGGAAGGAGCACCACUUUCCCCUCCAUCUCAACCACCCCCACAGCCUGUUCCAGGAAUGGGACCAAGAGGACCAAUGAUGGGAGAUCCUAGAAUGGGGGGACCAAGGAUGGGCGAUCCGAGAAUGGAAGGACCAAGGAUGGGAGAUCCGAGAAUGGGAGGACCAAGGAUGGCAGAUCCGAGAAUGGGAGGACCAAGGAUGGGAGAUCCGAGAAUGGGAGGACCAAGAAUGGGUGGACCAAGAAUGGGAGGACCAAGGAUGGGAGAUCCAAGAAUGGGAGGACCAAGAAUGGGUGGACCAAGAAUGGGAGGACCGAGAAUGGCAGGGUCUCAAAAAACACCUGAACCAGCUCCAUUCUCUGGAUUCAUGUCUAUGUUCUCUGGGCCAAGUACUCCAAGCAAACCAGCAACCAGCAGCUUUUUUUCAGUACCACAGACUUCAUUCUUUAAAUCAGACCCCACCCCAGCCACAGGUGCUCCACCACAGCAGAAGAGCUCCUUCUUUAACUUGCCAAGUAGUCUUCCAACAGAGUCCCUAACUGGUGACCUGUUUGGUAUGUUCAAGGCACCAGACUCGCCCAAAGCAACAGACACUAAGCCAGCAGUGGAUUCAGAAUUUCAGCCUGAGCCGACAGACAGAACUGGUGAAGAAAAAACAGGACCUGAUAGUCAAAUUACUGAAGCACCUGAAGCAGAGGACUCAAAAGCCGAAGUUUCUGAUUCCAAUAAAAUUGCAUCAGAAGAAGGGGAAGCUGACUCAGAAACAGCCAAAGAUUCUGGGCCUGAGAUACCAAAUAAAGAUGACAGUACCAUGUCUGAGAAGCCAGCAACUGAAGAACAUCAAUCAACUCAGAGAGAAGACAAUGUUCCUCAAGCAGAUGUCACUCCCAACACAGAGGGAGACAGCACUGCAACAAUUGAUGCAGAAAGUAAAGCUCCUCCAGAACCAGAGCCUUCCUCAGCUAAAGGCAUAUUUGAUAUACCAGGGCUAUCUGCUCCCAGUUUUGGAUUCAUGUCAGGAGUAACAGAAACCGCCAAACCCUUUGGCUCAUUGUUCUCGAGCUCCCCCUCCUCUCCCCCUGCUACCAAACCACAACAGGAACCACAGCCAGAGAGUGGAAGCCUCUUCUCUGGCCUCAAAGGUUUCUCAGUAGGCCUGUUCCAAGAUGAAAAGCCAGCCGACAAAAAGGAGGAAUCUGCUCCAUCCAUGUUUGGAAAGAAGAUAGGCUUCCCCUUCUCAGCUCCCUCCGAGACUCCCACUCCUCAAACACCACCCCCAAUUACCACUCAACCCAAGUCUAAGGAAGUUACCUUUGCUGAAGAUGGCAGACCAACGGGUGAGCCAGGGAUUCAUAGAAUGGCUAGUGUAGAUUCAGAUAUAACUGGUAGUGCAGAUGCCAGUGAUACCGAGGGCCCUGACUCUUCAGAUAUGAUACGGAGCUUAGGCACAAGUCAAGGCAGCUCUGAGACACUUAAGGGGCAACCUGCACUGCCAAGUGAUGAAGAAGACAAAAGCCAGGAAACCCCUCCUGUUCCUUCCACAGAUCUGAAAAGUGAAGAGCCACCAAUCAGCCCACUGAAGAAAGACAUUAAAAGUCCCGUGGAUAGUAAUCGGUUUGGGUCGUCUGGUAACGUCAGCCAGGCCAGCUCGCCGUAUUCCUCCGACAUGGAGGACCGAAGUGAGUCAGAGGGCUCACACCUCAAAAGCACCUCCACCAGCCGCCAACCCUCCCUCAAGGCCCAGCAGUCCGUCUGCGAGGACAUUAAGGAAGCAGAGAGCGAGGAGAAGGAGCUGAAGCCUGUUCCAGAGCCUGGUGUGAAGGAAGACAUAAAACAGCAGAUUGUCCCUGCCAAGCCACUCGAGAUUCGUGACAGAAAGCCUGAAAAGCAGAUAAGUUUCUUGGAGGAUGGCCCGCCCCUUUUCCCUCCUUCCAGGCUGCGUUGGUUGAAGGCCAUCACUAAAGUGAGGGUUCAGCUGCGUGAGAGCCAAGAAAAUGGAGACCCCGGCAGACAGGCAUUGGCGAAGCCUGGUGGAGGUGGUACAUUUGGGAUUGACAGCAUGCCUGAUCUUCGCAAGAGGAAGCACAUCCCCCUCGUCAGUGAAGUGGCUAUGUCCCUGGUGCAGUCCAGGAAGGCCAUCUCUCAUGGAAUCUCUCGUGCCCUGGCUGCCCGCUCCUCCCUAAAGGACGAAGAAUUGAAGAGUCACGUGUACAAGAAAACGCUACAGGCUCUGAUCUACCCCAUCUCCUGCACCACCCCGCACAACUUCGAGGUGUGGACCGCCACCACGCCCACCUACUGCUACGAGUGCGAGGGCCUGCUGUGGGGCAUCGCUCGCCAGGGCCUGCGCUGCGCCGAGUGCGGGGUCAAAUGUCACGAGAAGUGCCAGGAGCUGCUGAAUGCCGACUGCCUGCAGCGGGCGGCAGAAAAGAGCUCCAAGACUGGCGCUGAGGAUCGCACGCAGCAUAUCAUCACCGCCAUGAAGGAUCGCAUGAAGAUCCGUGAGCGCAACAAACCCGAGAUCUUUGAGACCAUCCGCACCAUCUUCGGGAUCACCAAGCUCCUUCACGCCCAGCAGAUGAAGACCAUCAAACAGGCGGUCCUGGAUGGAACCUCCAAGUGGUCGGCCAAGAUCACUAUCACAGUGGUGAGCGCUCAGGGACUGCAGGCGAAGGACAGGACGGGAACGAGUGACCCGUACGUCACCGUGCAGGUGGGGAAGACCAAGAAGAGGACGAAGACCAUCUACGGGAACCUGAACCCUGUGUGGGAGGAAAAGUUCCACUUCGAGUGUCACAACUCCUCGGACCGGAUUAAGGUGCGCGUGUGGGACGAGGAUGACGACAUCAAGUCUCGCGUGAAGCAGCGCCUGAAGAGGGAGUCGGACGACUUCCUGGGCCAGAGCAUCAUCGAGGUCCGCACUCUCAGCGGGGAAAUGGACGUGUGGUACAACAUGGAGAAAAGAACGGAUAAGUCUGCUGUGUCCGGGGCCCUUCGCCUCCAGAUCAGUGUGGAGAUCAAGGGAGAGGAGAAGGUGGCUCCCUACCAUGUGCAGUACACCUGCCUGCAUGAGAAUAUUUUCCAUUACUUGACUGAAACUGAAGGCCAAGGUGUGCCGAAAAUCCCUGUGGCCAGGGGAGAUGAUGCCUGGAAAGUUUACUUUGAUGAGAUAGAGCAGGACAUUGUGGAUGAGUUUGCCAUUCGCUACGGAAUUGAGUCCAUCUACCAGGCUAUGACCCAUUUUUCUUGCCUGUCCUCCAAAUACAUGCUGCCAGCGCUUCCAGCCAUCAUGAGCACACUGCUGGCUAACAUCAACGCCUUCUUCGCCCACCCCACCUCAGCCAACAACGUGUCAGCAUGUGACCGCUUCGCUGCAUCCAAUUUUGGGAAAGAUCGAUUCGUGAAGCUCCUGGAUCAGCUGCACAACUCCUUGCGCAUUGACCUAUCAACAUACCGGAAUAACUUCUCAGCCAGCAGUAAGCCCCGUCUAGCGGACCUGAAGUCCACCGUGGACCUGCUCACCAGCAUCACCUUCUUCCGAAUGAAGGUCUUGGAGUUGCAGAACCCCCCUCGUGCUGCUCAUGUGGUGCGUGACUGUGUGAAAGCUUGCCUCAACUCCACCUAUGAGUACAUCUUCAACAACUGCCAAGAGCUGUACAACCGUCAGUUCCAGCCUGCUGUGGAACCAGAGAAACCCAAAGAGGAGAAGAAGAAAGAGGAAAAGAACGAAAGUGACUCUGAUGAGGAGGAGGAGGAGGAGAAGAAGGAGAAGGAGAAGGAGGAAGAGAAGGCCCCACCGGAGGAGCCCGGCCCCAGCAUCCAGAACCUGGAUUUCUGGCCUAAACUCAUCACUCUCAUCGUGUCCAUCAUCGAGGAGGACAAGACCGCUUACACGCCCGUCAUCAACCAGUUCUCUCAAGAGAUGAAUGUAGGGAAGGUCAGUGCAGAGGUCAUGUGGAUGCUGUUUGCACAGGACAUGAAAUAUGCCUUAGAAGUUUUUGAUAGAAUUGACCAUAAUCGCUGGAAAAAUGCUCCUGUCACUAUCCACAUACGCAGACUAGACUUUUAUGCGGAGCAUGAGAAUCACAAACUCUGCAGAAGUGCGGACUACAUGAAUCUGCAUUUCAAAGUCAAGUGGCUCUACAAUGAGUAUGUCAAAGACCUGCCGGCUUUCCAAGACUCGGUCCCAGAGUACCCAGCGUGGUUUUUGCAGUUCGUUCUGCAGUGGCUGGCUGAGAAUGAGGACGUGUCCAUGGACUUCAUGCAUGGCGCGCUGGAGAGAGAUAAGAGGGAGGGGUUCCAGGCGACCUCUGAGCACGCUCUGUUCUCCAGCUCCGUGGUGGACAUCUUCACACAGCUCAACCAGAGCUUUGAGAUCAUUAAGAAACUGGACUGCCCAGACCCCGUCGUCAUGGGACACUACAACCGACGCUUUGCUAAGACAAUCACUAAAGUGCUCCUGCAGUACUGUGCCAUCCUGUCCAAGAGCUUCCCCUCCUACUGUGAGAAGGAGAAGAUCCCGUGUGUCCUCAUGAACAACGUCCAACAGAUGCGUGUCCUCCUGGAGAAGAUGUUCGAGUUCAUGGGUGCCAAGCAGCUGGAUCCCGAGGCAGCAGAGAUCCUGAACGACCUGCAGCUGAAACUCAACACUGUGCUGGACAAUUUGAGUGCCAUGUUUGGAAAGAGCUUCCAGGCCAGGAUACACGGCUUCAUGCGUCAGGUGGCAGAGCUCCUGUACCAGAUCAAAGGGCCUCUUAAUGCCAACGCACGCAACAGCGCAGAGGCCGAUGCAGACAACGUGCUCCGCCCACUCAUGGAGUUCCUGGAUGCUAAUCUGAGUAUCUUUGCGGACAUGUGUGAGAAGACGGUCCUGAAGAGAGUGCUGAAGGACCUCUGGAGGAUCGUCCUCACCAGCAUGGAGAAGACCAUCGUCCUGCCGCAGAGCAACGAAAGCUUGGGUGCUCAGCUUCUCACUGCAGCCACAAAGCUUUCAAACCUCAAGGGAGGAGGGGAGGCUAAAAGCCUGUCGCCGCGGCACUGUGCAAUUAUGGAGGUGGGACUGGACACCAUCAAGGCGUUCUUCCACGCGGGAGGGAACGGGCUGAAGAAGGCGUACUUGGAGAAGAGCUCGGAGCUCUCCUCGCUGCGCUACGCCCUGUCGCUCUACACACAGACCACCGACGCUCUCAUCAAGACAUUUGUGUCGACUCAGCAUGCACAGGUCCACAAUGGGAUGGGCAUAAGGAUCGUCCCCAAUGAAAAGGUCCGGCCUGACAGACCCUCUGGGGUGGAGCGGCCGGUGGGAGAGGCAAUUAUCCAAGUGGACAUGACGCCCCCUGCUGGCAGUGGAGAGCAGAAGUUCAGUGUGAAGGUCAUAGCCAUCAAUGACAUGAAGUGGCAGACAUCUGGAAUGUUCCGGCCUUUUGUGGAGGUCAACCUGGUGGGCCCUCUGCUCACCGACAAGAAGCGCAAGUUUCAGACCAAGUCCAAGAACAACAGUUGGUCUGCCAAAUACAGUGAGACCUUUCCAUUUGUGCUAGGUAGGGGCACUAGUGCCGAGUUCUAUGAGGUGCAGAUCACGGUAAGGGACUACUGCUUCGGCCGCGCCGACCGGGUGGUGGGUGUGGCGGUGGUGCAGCUGCGAGACGUGGCCGACCGGCGCAGCUGCGUGUGCUGGUGCCCCUUGGGCCCUCGCGUCGGCAUGGACGAGACGGGCGUCACCGCCCUGCGCAUCCUCUCCCAGCGGCCCAACGACGAGGUCGCCAAGGAAUUCGUCAAGCUCAAGUCCGAGAUUCGCCCUGCUGAGGAGGGCAGAUGAGCCACGGGAUUGGCUGGAUAAGAGUGAUUAGCCACUGGAUUGGCCGUUUGGACUGCCUGACUGAUUCUUUUUUAAUUGAUUGGGCAGUUGGUUUGGUUGAUUAGAUCAUUGAUUGGUUGAUUGAUUUGAGAGCGUCAAACACUGGCACUGUCACUACAAACAUCUCGCUCUACACAGUCUCUGCCUCACUGCAGGACAAUGGUAUCAGCCUGCAGUGGUGCUGGUACCAGUCACAAUGGUAUCAGCCUGCAGUGGUGCUGGUACCAGUCACACUGGUAUUCAACUUUACAGUUGAGGACUAAUAACUUGAUAUCUAUCGUGCUUAAAAUACAUCGGACAGAUGAAUUUACCUUCCAUCCAGUAGUGGAAGGAGGAAUGUCUCUGCUUUCUAGUAAUGUCUACACAAGCACUCCCCUUAACUUCUCGGUCAUCUAUCUCCCGUCAUGAAGGCGGUGGACUACAGUCAGAGACCGAGGCCUUGUGUUUUUGUAUUUCAGACAGUAACUGAGUCGCUUGUGCUGUUGGCUGUGCUGUGAUGUGCUGUCAGUUUCUCCGUCAGCAGGUGUUCAAUGUCUCUGUGUGUGUAUGUGUGUGUGUUUUGAAGGGCGUAUGCCACACAACCUACCCUUUGGGUUCUCGCAGGUGCUCGGUCAGACAGACAGUUCCUCGGCCCUGUGAUUGAAGCCUUAAGGUCAAAGCCACUGCCUCCGUCGUUAGAGUGUGUUGUUUACCUGCUGCUCAUUAAUUCAUCAAUUCGAAUGUUUUUACUCAAGUAAAGCCACCCAUAAGCAACCCUUAGGUGUUCAUGGAUUUUUUAUGUAAAGUGUAUUUAAAAACUGGAUGUUAUGUUAUAUAUGUGACUGUCAGGAUGCUGAGAAAAUCUCCCUUUGCCUACUGUUGCCAGGGAACCAUUUGGAAAAGAUAUCAGAGCUUUAGUAAGUAAAUGUUUAACUCGUACUUUGGGUUUGAGUUUCACUAUUGCAGAUCCUCUGAGCCUCAAAGUCAGACUCUUCUCAUCCUUCAGUUUCCUUUUCCUGAUUGGUCCAUGGGCAUAAGCCCAACCGUUUGAUUGGUCCAUUAGCCGACAUACUAGUUUCUGAUUGGCUCAUGAGCUGAUCAUGGACUGUCCCACAGAAGUGCCACUCAGAGGAAGAUUAAAACCAUACUGUGUUUGUUCUGUGCCAAAUAGUUAAAGCAUUCAUUUGUUUUCAACUCCAGUCAUUCAUACCUGUCAAAUGCUGUCUUUUACAUUUAUUUAUUUUUUGGACACAUUGAACAUUUAUUUAUUGACUUUCUGUAAAGAAACUUAACUAGCAUUGAGGAUACAUUUUUAUUUAUUUAUUGUCAAAUGCAAGAGGAAUGUUGAGUAUCAUGGAAAUGUGAAAUAUACUUGUAACUAUAUUUGAAUUUUGUAUAUAAAAUAUUUAUGAAUUA